GUGUUGUUGCGACCACUGGAUACACAGAAGCAGGAUACAACCGCAAGCAUUUUCAUUCAUUGGAGUGACCUACAUUUGUAGCUACAUAUUUCAAACGUAAAAUGUAAGGUCCUGCGACAUAGAUCUCAUUGAUCUUGUUUUUUUUUUUUUCAAGUCAUUGAGAACUAUGAACAAUUGUAGUCAAGGGAAAAACUGGUUUCCCUUUUCAAAAACAUUAAAAAUUCAACUGUCAAUGUAAAGAUUACGCAGUACUGACCACACAAUGAACUCAUGGGUCUGUUCCAAACAAAAUUUGAUUAUGGGACCCAUGAAACUGGUUUUCCGAAUGCAGAUGACGUAAACAGUGAAGUUGAACUACCUGAUAACUGCCAUAAAGAUCACACAAAAUAUUUUCUGGUGACCAGACUCCGUCUCGAGAAUUUACCAGAAGUGUACCGGGAGCCAGACCUGUUCGAUCUGAUACAAUGUAUAGCAGAACUGACUGUCAAAAUAAUUGUAAAAUUUUGCAGUGCAAAGAGAAGACAGUAUUGGAUGGGGACAGAAGCAGAAUACCCUGGCUACAAAGAUCGGGGAGGCAAAAGUCGACUCAUUGGAAGUGGUCGAAUAUGUGAUGUGGUAAAGGUCGAAAACGAUGAGAUGAAAUGCCCUUGUAAAGAUUGCAAGAAGGCUAACACUGAAAAGCGUGAUGUCUGGAACAUACAUGUGUUUACCGCGACUCACGUGGUCUAUGAUUCCGAGGAAGCAAUACAAUCUGAAGUUAAAAUUAUUUACAAUAGUAGCGACAAAAAGGAGCAAAUGUUUCACGGUGUUAAAACGAUAUGGUCCAAUGCGUUGGGGGAUCUCUGCGUGCUGUCGUGUGUGACCUGCAAUCAAACGUUAGCCACCCAACUGCUCCAGACAAUCAAACAGUUUAAUAUUCUGUGGAGUCGCAUCAGAGUAAACUACAAGAAUGAUAAGAAAUUGGAGUCCAGACAGAGAAAAUACAAAGAUAGGAUUGUGGUGAUUGUGUCUCAUCCUCACGGUCGUGAUAAAAGUGUUUCCUUUGAUAAAUUAGAAACUCGUGUAGGGAAACGGAUUUAUCUCGACAGAGGCUGGCAUUUAAACUACAAGGCUAGCACCUGUACCGGAAGUAGUGGAGCCCCAGUUUAUCUCUAUGGAAUGGACUGUUUCACUACGGAGUAUGUUCACAGUGGCAGUAAUGGUGAUUAUAAUUACAGCACUACUUGGUGCCCGAAAUAGAACUUUCUGAACUCAAAAGUUUUUGUUGAUUUCAUUGUAUUAAAGGGAAUAGUUUUGUUAUUAUUUUUAAAAAAUCUAAAACAUAAAAUAAUAAUAGUAAUUGAUCACUAAUA